AUGGAGAGUGAGAUAUUGCUAUGACAAAUCUAGCUUCUAGUUCAGGUAGUCAAAUAUGGAAUUUGAUAAUGAAAACCAUUCUGCCAAACUACUUAGAGCUCAAAUCCACAUUUUUAAUCAAACUUUCGGCUUCAUAAAUUCUAUGUCCCUUAAAUGUGCAAUGGAUUUGUGCAUUCCAGAUAUCAUAAACAAGUAUGGUCAACCCAUGCCACUCUCACAACUCAUUGCUUCACUACCUAUCCACCCAUCAAAAACUAGCUUCAUCUACCGUUUGAUGCGAAUCUUGACUCAUAAUGGUUUCUUCUCUCAACACAAUGUCAUUGAAAAUGAAUUAGAAGUGAGUUAUGCCCUAACUGAUACAUCUAGAUUACUCCUUAAGGACCAUCCCUUUAGUAUGGCACCUUUGUCCCAAGUCAUACUUGAUCCAAUUUUGAUCAACCCAUGGCUUCAAUUUUCUACUUGGUUCACAAAUAAAGACCCUACACCAUUUCACACACAAAAUGGGAUGACAUUUUGGGAUUGUGCUAGCCGUGAGCCCAAACUUAAUCACCUUUUUAAUGAUGGCAUGACUUAUGACACUCAAUUGAUUUCUAGUGUGGUGAUUGAGAAGUGCAAGGGAGUGUUCGAAGGACUAGAGUCAUUGGUUGAUGUUGGGGGAGGAACAGGGACUAUGGCCAAGGCUAUUGCCAAGUCAUUUCCACAACUAAAGUGCAUUGUACUUGAUCUACCACAUGUUGUUGAUGGCUUGCAAGGAACAGAGAACAUCAAGUAUGUUGAAGGAGACAUGUUUGAAGCAAUUCCUUCCACCGAUUCCGUUAUGUUGAAGUGCAUAAUGCAUAACUGGAGCGACGAGGAAUGCUUGAAAAUACUAAAGAGAUGCAAAGAGGCAAUUGGUGGCAAAGAAAAAGGAAAGGUGAUUAUCGUAGACGUGGUGAUAGGAAAUGAUGAGAAGGGAGAUAGCAAGUUAUUAGAUCAAACGAAGCUCUUCUAUGAUAUGGAGAUGAUGGUAUUGGUUACUGGAAAAGAGAGAGAUGAAAAAGAAUGGGCAAAGUUGUUUUUCUCUGCAGGUUUCAGUAACUACAAGAUAACUCCAGUUCUAGGUUUGAGGUCUCUCAUAGAGGUUUAUCCAUAGUAUCAACAAAGUGUGAAAAGAUGGGUGCAUGCUAUGUGAUCACUCAAAUAAUUUCUCUAUUGAUAUUAAGUGUCUUCACAUUCACCACAAGUCUUUAAUCUUUUAAUGUUUGUAAUUACGUUCUUGAUUUUUAUUUAAAUAUUUGUAAUCAUGUUUCUGGA